AGUCCCAACAGUCAGCGGGCAACAGAAUUUGAUCCACUCUUCAACAUGUUCUCCUGGUCAUCGUCCCCCUUGAACUGGGUGGUUCCCGCCCCAGCUCACGCUUUCCUCAAACCCUCCAAUUGCCCCCUGCAAACUCCAAAUCAUGUCAAAUUUAUAGAAACCCCACUUUCCCGAAUCUCAGCCAACACUACACUCAAAUUCCCCAUUGUAAGAACCAGAGCUACCGUUGAUGAGAAGGACCAGACCACAACUAGACCUGUUGUUCUUGAUUCAAAUGAAAAAGAAGAGGGACAGCCCACCAAGGAAGUUGAAGAGAGUGUGAGAGUGCUGAAAAAUGCAGCCAAGACAAGAAAAGUUCCAGCUGAGGAUAUAUUGUCAGCUUUCUCUGUGAUUGAGAAGGCAAAGCUUGAUCCGUCGGGGUUUCUUGAAACUCUUGGUGGAACAGAAUCACCUGGGAGAACAUGGAUGCUUAUAUUUACUGCAGAGAAAAAGCUGGAACGCGGUAAAUAUUUCCCAGUUACUGCUGUUCAGAGGUUUGAUGCAGCUGGGAGGAGGAUUGAGAAUGGAGUGUUCCUGGGACCUCUUGGAUACUUGACAUUUGAAGGAAGAUUUUCUUGGAAGAACAGAAUACUUGCUUUCAUAUUCGAACGACUACGGAUAAAAGUUGGACCUUUUAACCCAUUCGAAAUCAACCUCAAAGGAAAAGAUGAAAGAGAACCAAGCAACAAGGAUCCAUUUUUCAUCUGGUUUUACAUUGAUGAGGAAAUAGCUGUUGCUCGAGGUAGAGGUGGAGGAACAGCUUUCUGGGUUCGUUGCCGGCGCAUCAGCAGCUACUGAUUCCUAAAAAUUAUGUACGUAAUAUUUACAUGUAUAUUCUCCAGCUAAGGUACACGAGUCUUUUUUAUAUAUUACUUAAUUGAGUUAAUUUUUGCAAUGAAUUGAAACAUUGCAACUUUUUCUUCAGCUUUAUGGUACUGAAACCAGAUGUAAACUGGAGACUGGCCUGGGAUAUAGAAACAGUGACCAGACUCCUUCAUGAAAGUUGAUAUUUGUUGUCUUGACAAUAAUUCAGCAACUGUGCUCGACUGCUUUCUAAG